AUGAAUGCUUAUAAACAUGUCCCAAAUGAGGUCACUAAAAAUAAAAUGGAUUUAGAAGAGACUUUAGGCCAAGAAACACAAAUACAAAGCGUGUCAUCACAAGAAGUUAUAGUGGAAAAUAAGGAUAAUGAAUCUACAAGUGAAUUGGUUAACGAAGGACUGGAAUUCUGGAACAAACGAAGAGAAUUAUGGACCCGCGAGAAUCAAAAUAUUUCAGGAACUUCUGAUAACAGAGAUAACCCGGCUUUAUUGAACAUUACUCCAAAUAAUUAUAAUUCCAUAUAUGAUUCUCUAGUUUGUGAAAAGAAAAAGUUAGCAAGACCUGUUCCUUUACCUUACGUGUGGGUGGAAAAGAGAUGGUAUUUGGCCUACUGA